UUUAUUUUUUUUUAUGAUUAAUUUAGCGAACCUCGAAGCUCUGAUUUUCCGUUGAACUGCAACGCAGCAUAACUGUUACGGGUUGGAACUCUCGCUAGAGUCGAAGAAGCAUCCGGUUCACGAUAAAGAAACUUUUCACUUCACAAUGUCAGGCUCAGUUCCAGAGGGUGCCGGUGGAGUGCCUAGCAACAAACGUUUGCACCAGACUCAGGCCCAAGUUGACGAGGUGGUGGAUAUAAUGCGUGUAAAUGUGGACAAAGUGCUGGAACGGGACCAGAAAUUGUCUGAACUGGACGACCGAGCAGAUGCACUGCAGGCUGGAGCUUCCCAGUUUGAGACCAGUGCUGCCAAGCUCAAAAGGAAGUACUGGUGGAAGAAUUGCAAGAUGUGGGCCAUCCUGAUCGCUGUCUUGCUGAUCAUCGUGAUCAUCAUUAUCAUUUGGUCAAGAUCGUAAAACACUGCCAGGCACAGGAGGAAGGAAGAAGAGAUGAGCAACACGCAUCACUGAUGUUUUAGAGGCAGAAGUCACAUGAUUAGUGGCUUCUUUGUUCCAUAUUUUCUCCCUGAAAAGGCAAGCGGGCUAUCAUUUCUUGUCCUCAUUGUGCAUGCACGCCUAUGUGCCUCUGUAAGGAAUAACUGCUAAGUACCGGUCUUACCGGCAUUACUACACUAUACCAGAUUUAGUGUCAAGCCACAUACCAAAGACACACGCAGCUAAUUAAUUGAACCCAAACUCAACCAGUGUCACGUGUUGAACGCUGACUUGCCUUUUUACAUACAAGCAUUGGUAACCAUUGGACAAGCAAUAAGAUGUAUCGUUGUGAAGUCCUCUGAAAAUUGUGUUCAAUAUUUUAUUUGCCAACAAUGUGUGUGUGCAAAGUUUAGAUGUGCCUUUAGAAAUACGUAACGUUUUCUUUGAGACUGUUCUGGUUAUCACUGGAGCAAUGUUCAACAUCUGAAUUGUUCCAGUCAUUAAAAAUAUUCGGUACAGCCCAAAAGUUUGGAUACACCUUCUCAUUCAAUUUUUUUAAUUAUUUUCAUGACAAUUUACAUUGUAGAUUGUCACUGAAGGCAUCAAAACUAAGAAUGAACACGUGGAGUUAGGUGACAUAAUGGAAAACUUGUUUUAUAUUGUAAUUUCUUCAAAAUAACCACCCUUUGCUCUGAUUACUGCUUUGCACAUUUUUGGCAUUCUCUGGAUGAGCUUCAAGAGGAAAUGGUUUUCACUUCACAGAUGUCAUCGUUUUGAUGCCUUCAGUGACAAUCUACAUAGUAAAUAGUCUUAAAAUGAAAGAAAACGCAUUGAAAUGAGAAGAUGUGUCUAAACUUUUGGCCUGUACUGUAUAUACUGUAUAUACAUUCUGCCUAAUUUCAAAACAGUGCUGUUAAGAGUUGAUCAUGCCACUUAAUGCCUUAACUUAUUUAUACACAUGGGCUGAGUGCUUAUGUCCUUCUAUUUUGAAGACAUUAGAUUAAAGUUGCAAUAUAUUUUCAUUUUCUGAGAGUAAAAUAUGAUUGUGAAUGCAGGAAAGCCUGUAUGCAUCUUGGUGUCAGGAAGAGUUUUUCCAUUGAAACAAGUGCCUAAAGUUUCUUGAAUUGGAAGAACGUUUUUCCUUUUGAUUUAUUUUGUCUAAAAGAACAGCAAUAUAAUUUUCGACAAAUGUCACCACGGACAGAAAUGAAUAUGCCUUUAUUCUUUUUGCAAUAGGAACAUUUCGGAUACAUCUACGCAGCACUCCAUGGAAUAUUCACUUCCAGAGUAGUGCCUUCUAAAUUCAUAGAAAGGCAGCUCUCGUUAUUAAUGUAUGUAUCCCAUCUCUGUCAAAUUCAUCUAUAUUUCAUGCCCUUUUAUUACGCAUGUAGCUAUGUUUUGAAACUAAUGUAUGUAGAACUAAUAUUGAAGGUUGGUUUUGUUUGUGUCCACUCCUGCCAAGCAUUACAGCUGCUUGCAUUUGUAUUAAACGUUGGUUGGGAAGUGAGA